GUUCUCUUCCAUCACUCUCAUUCGCCGGCGCUGGGUUCGCCAGCACCCAAAAUGCCUCCUAAGCGAGGUAUAGUAAAAUCAGGAAAUGCCGGGAACUCUUCCAAGUCAAGCUCCAUUGGAAGGGUCGGCCCCGGAGGGAAGGCGGAUGCCACCCCCAUAGGAACUCCUGUGGCGGGGAAGUCUGCAGCCGAGGCCAAGUCUCUCUUUCCUCCGGGGUCGAAAUUUCCACUUAGCUUAUUGAACGAAAGAUGCCAAAAGAACGGUUGGGACAAGCCUAUCGUCGAUACGUUCCAGCGUGAGGGCGGUUGGGCCUUCUCUGUCAAGCUCUCGCGCUACAACAAGAAGACAUCGCAGAAGGAUGUUGUCAAACUGGAACCUCAUCCGCCUUACAUCUGCCCGAGUGCACUUGAAGCCCGCCAUUGGGGCGCGACGUACGCUUUAUACCGGUUUUGCAAUGGAAUACAGCUUAACCGCGUGUUGCCUCCUGGUCCGCGGGAUUACUGGAACGCUCUUGUUGCUGAACACAAGGCCGCACCUGAGCAUCAGCAAUGGAUGUACUCAGAUGAUCCUUUCAAAGCCAAGAAAGAGGUCGAGGAACGGCAAGCCAAGGCUACCGAGAAGCGAGCCGCCGCCGCCGCCGCCGCCAACCCGGCCGACGAUGCUGGGAACUCUCGGCACGGUGGUUCGUCCGCCAUCGACGAUAACCGUAUACCAGAAGUGGUCAUGGUCGCCUCUCUUCGUGAACUUGUUGAAGAUGCAAUCAAGAAGGGGUUCGCUCUGCACCCGGAACUACAGACCGUCGCAGAAGAGGGCCUUUCUGACGAUAGUCAAGCGAUUGUACGCAAACAACUCUCUGAUAUUGGCUUCAAGAAGCAUCAAAUAGAGCGAGCACUCGCAUACAUCGAGAAGCCAGAUCUUGCCAUGUCUUCUCCGGACAAUCCUCUACAUUCCGCGAUCGAAUACUUGCUUCUCGUAAGCCCCGAAUGCGAUCUACCGAAGCGCUUCCAACACGGCAACGCAUCGUCUGCGCCCUUCGUUACGUCGACUCACUCUGCAUCCUCCGACCUACGUUCGAGAUGGAUACAGGACAAAGCUGUCAAGGAGGCCGGAUUUCCGGACUAUCUGGUCAGCGCAUGUCUCUCUGCUGAUCCCUCGUUGGGCAACGACUGGACGCGACUCUUAGUAACUCUAGGCAAUCGCCUCGUUGGUACGACGGUUGACCCGCUGGAUGACCUAGACGCUCUUGUGGUAGACGAAGAAGAAGCAAUAGCUCUGGGCGCCGAAGUCGUGGACGCAACGGACGAGCCCCAUAAAGAAAUCGUCUUGCCUCUCUUCAGUGACCCGGGCACAAAGGUUCAUAUUGUCGCUCAAGAAACCUCCGAUUGCCCGCGCACGAACUUCGUCCCCGCAUACAUCGCAUCUCCCAAUCUAGCGCCCUACGUGCGACUACAGUUCCUCUCCGUCCUCUUACGCUUUUUACGCUCCGCCGAAUCUCGAGAGAGCGGGCUUUAUAUGGGUGCCAUCCAGGCCGUCGAUGCGGAAUGGGUUCGCGUGCAACAGGAAGGCCCACCUCCAAUCGGCGACGUGCUGAAGCACAUACAACCCGGGCCCGCGCCGAGUCUCUUGAAGGACAUGGAUUUCCAAGAGUUUAGUGCCAGGAAGCAACGCAAGUCAGGGCCGCGGCGCAAGCGAACGAACGAACAAGUACUCGCUGACUUCGAGCGGAUGCGACAAAGCGACAAGUUUAAGAAGUUGCUGAGCACCCGCGAGCGGCUGCCUGCUUUCAAAGCGAAGGACGCAUUCUUAGACCUUGUUGACAAGAAUCGCGUCGUUGUUGUCGUCGGAGAGACUGGCAGUGGCAAGACGACCCAGCUACCCCAAUUCAUCCUCGACUCCCUGAUCAUGACCAAUCAAGGGCAAGACGCCUCUAUCGUCAUCACGCAGCCUCGAAGGCUAUCCGCUAUAUCAGUCGCUCAGCGCGUUUCUGCAGAGCGAGUCAACGAUGGGAGUGUCGGCUAUUCAAUCCGCGGAGAGUCGACCAGCACACCAGAAACCAAACUGCUCUUCUGCACCACCGGUGUCAUCCUGCGACGCAUGGCCUCACAAGAGGGUCUACGCGGCGUCACGCAUGUCGUAGUGGACGAGGUCCACGAACGAUCAAUUGACAGCGACUUCCUCCUACGAGAGCUCAAGGACAUCCUCGCGCAACAAGGGAAUAUCAAAGUCAUCCUUAUGUCCGCUACGGUCGACCAUGAACGCUUUGUUCAAUACUUUAAUGGCGCACCGUUGCUCUCUAUAUCGGGUCUAGCUCAUCCCGUUAAAGACCUCUACCUAGAAGAUAUCAUUCCUCAAGUACAUUACCGUCCGCCUGCGCCGCCACCGUCGAAGUCAAAUGUGGAGAAUGCACGGCAGCAAGAGCGAGACAAGUGGAAGCAACGCGGUCUUGCUGACGUGGACGCUCUCGCUAUACAAGUGAUAUCUGAAAACGAGCGGAUCGACUACAUGCUCGUAGCGUCUGUCGUCAAACAUAUUGUUCGCCAACGCGACGAACAGCCGAGCGGGAUACUCAUAUUCUUGCCCGGCGUGCAAGAGAUCAAGCAAUGCAUCGAAGCCGUACAGCGUGAGGUAUCCUCUCAGGAAGCCGACGUCCUUCCACUACACGCAAACCUCACCAACGACGAGCAAUCGCGCGUUUUCGCUCAGACCAAUAAGUGGAAAGUCAUCGCGGCUACCAACGUCGCUGAGACUUCUAUCACCAUUGACGAUGUUGUCUACGUCGUUGACAGCGGCCGAGUGAAGGAGACAGGCUACGACCCAGCGACGGACAUGACACGGCUUCAGGAGACAUGGGUCACUCGCGCGGCUGCGCGGCAGAGGAGGGGACGAGCCGGUCGUACGCGUCCAGGAUUCUGCUACAAGCUCUUCACGCGCGAUCGCGAGGCGCGCAUGGCUCCUUUCCCAACACCGGAGAUUCAACGGGUACCGCUCGAGAGUGUCUGUCUGGCUGUGAAGGCGGCCCGAGAGCAUCAGGAUCCCAGGGAUUUCCUGGCGGGUAUGAUCAGUCCUCCUGACGUGGCCACGAUGGACAGAGCAUUGGCAACACUGGAGGAAUUGGGAGCCUUGAGCAGGGACGGCGCUCUCACUGCCUUAGGACGAAAUAUGGCUAUUCUUCCCGUCGAUGUGCGCCUUGCAAAGAUGCUCAUUCUCGCUGCGCUCUUCCGGUGCUUGGGGCCUGUCUUGACAAUCGCGGCGGUCUUGUCAUCGAAGCCGAUCUUUCUCAGUCCUCCGGAUCAGAGAAACGAAGCCGACGAAGCACGUCAACGCUUCGCUCUGUACGGCAGCGACCUUCUGGCGUCGGUUCUGGCGUACGACGAGUGCAUGCGCCUCCGCGCCGAAGGCAGGUCUCAGCGAGAGAUCGUCGAUUUCUGCAAACAGAACUUCAUCUCGCCCACAACAGUGCGCGACAUUACGACCCUUCGCCUCGAAUUCCAUUCUGCACUGGGCAGCAUGGGAUUUAUUUCGCCGUCCCUUCCGCCGUCCGCCCCAGCGCUCAACGCCUACAGCACGCAUACGAACUUGCUGAAAGCCAUCAUCCUUUCUGGACUCUAUCCUCGCGUCGCCCGUGUUCGUGCCCCGCGCGCGAAGUUCGAUGCCGUGGCGGCGGGCACGGUCCAGCGCGAAGCCGCAGCCCGCGAGUUCGCCUUCUUCGACAUGCACGACUCCCGCGUCUGGAUCCACCCAUCAAGCAUCCUCUUCGGCGAGGCAAGAUGGGGCGCGCCGUUCGCGGCGUACUUCGGGCGGCAGCAGACCAGUAAGGUUUACGUGCGGGAUGUGACGGAGGCGCCGACAUACGCGCUAUUGUUGUUUGGCGGGAGCGUGUCCGUGGAUGCCGUUCGCGGAACACUUACUGUGGGCGAGAGGGACCGAGAAGGCUUCAUCCGCCUCAAGGCUUGGGCACGGAUCGGCGCGCUAGUGAACCAGCUUCGGCGCCUACUGGACGCUCGUCUGCUGCUAUGCGUAGAGGAUACGUCACAGAUGCAGGCCGGACCCGACGACGCCGUACCGAACGCCAUACUCUCGCUGCUGGCGAACGAUGGGAGAGAUCCAAAAGACGCAAGACCCUUUGGAGUGCAGCAUUUGCCCCCUGCCGCAAGUAAUAAUGGAGGCGCAGGCGCGCGUAGAGGUUAGAGUUAUCAGAACAUUCACGUAGGCCUCUGAAAGAAGACCAUCAGUUGGCCAUAAAAUCACGUCGGGGGAAACAAACGUGGCUCUGCGAGGUGGAAACCUGACUGACCCUACAUCGCCUUGCGAGUGCUUUGUGAGCCUACAGCGUGUAAGGACUGCUCAAGCUACAACAACCAGGC